AUGGUGAAAGCAGCAGAACAAGAACAUCCAAUUCCAGCCACCGGAUUAGCAGCCCAAGAUUCUUCUGGUGUUCUCUCUCCGUUCAAUUUCUCCCGGAGGGAAACAGGAGAGAAGGACGUAAGAUUCAGGGUGUUGUACUGUGGGAUAUGCCACUCUGAUUUGCACAUGGCCAAAAACGAAUGGGGCACUUCUAUUUACCCUCUUAUACCUGGGCAUGAAAUUGUCGGUGUAGUAACAGAGGUGGGUGAUAAAGUCCAAAAGUUCAAAAUUGGGGAUAAUGUUGGAGUGGGAUGCAUGGUUGGAGCUUGCCAUUCCUGUGAAAACUGCAACAAAAACAACCUUGAGAAUUACUGCCCCAAUAUGAUAUUCACUUAUAGCGCUAAGUACCAUGAUGGAACUGUCACCUAUGGAGGUUACUCCGACCACAUGGUGGCCGAUGAGCACUACGUAGUUCGGAUUCCGGAUGGCCUACCUCUUGAUGCAGGGGCUCCUCUGCUCUGUGCUGGGAUUACAGUCUACAGUCCAUUGAAGUACUUUGGACUUGAUAACCCCGGUACGCGUGUUGGUAUCGUAGGCCUUGGUGGACUAGGACAUGUGGCUGUGAAAUUCGCCAAGGCUAUGGGGGCUAAUGUUACGGUAAUCAGUACAUCAAUUAACAAGAAAGAGGAAGCUUUGGAAAAACUUGGCGCUGAUUCAUUCUUAGUUAGCCGCGAUCAAGAUCAGAUGAAUGCUGCUAUUGGCACUUUGGACAGUAUCAUUGACACUGUUUCAGCAGUACAUUCUCUACUGCCUUUGAUUCGGCUGUUGAAGUCUCAUGGAAAGCUUGUUAUGGUUGGUGUACCCGAGAAGCCACUUGAGCAACCAAUUUUUCCUUUACUUAUGGGAAGGAAAAUAGUAGCUGGUAGUGCCAUGGGAGGUAUGAAGGAAACACAAGAGAUAAUUGAGUUUGGAGCCAAACAUAACAUAAGAGCUGAUAUUGAGCUUAUUCCUGCUGAUUAUGUCAACACUGCCAUGAAGCGUCUUGUGAAAGGAGACAUUAAUUACCGAUUUGUUAUCGAUGUUGGAAACACGUUGAAGUCAAGCAAUUAA